AUGUCUAAGCGUCGGGUGCAUGACGGCGAACACCAAGGGGAUGGCGGUGACAAGAAGAGGUCGCGGUCGCGGCCCGUGCGGCGGAAGCACCUCUGUCUGUUGUUGGACGACUGGAGCAGAGGGUUCACGAUCCACAGGAUCGACGCAGACAGCUUCCACUCCGAUUCCGGCGACCGGCAGGACGCCUCCCUCCCUGGGUCUCCGGCCCUGCGUAUAGAGUCACCAGCCGGCACCGUGCCCCACGAGGGCACGUUCUUCGCCGCCCUGGGCAGCAAGAUCUUCGUCUUCACGAACCAGCGUUGCGCCCUCGUCUACGACACCAGGACAGACGGAUUAUCCGUCGGUCCACACGCCCCCGCUCAGACGCUACUAUGCGACUCCGGCAUCGCCGUGCCCGUCGGCGGGACGCUCUACGCCCUGUCGCACCGCUUCUCCGACAAGCAGAAGCAGCACUCCCUGGAGGCGAUGUCGUGGGAUCCCAAUCCCAACGGACUGGACGAGCUGCUGCAGCGUCCGAAGACCGAGGGCUGGUCCUGGAAAUCGCUCCCGGCACCACCACCGACGUUCAGCCACAACCAGUUCGUCACCUCCCACGCCGUGCACCCAGACGGCCGCACCAUCUUCAUGACCACCGCGUACAGGGAGAGCCCGGGCCUUCACGUGGGUACCUUCUCGUUCGACACCGAGAGCUGCGUGUGGAGGUGGCACGGGGAGCUGCGUGUGGAGCUCAUGUGUAGUGCUGCCAUGUCAACAACGUCCUUCCUUCCCUCGACGCAGCCCAACCGGCUAUUCGUGCACUCCGCCACCUCCCACGGCCUCGUCAGCAACGACACCAAGGCGCUGGUGGCGGGGCUCCCGCAGCGGACCAUCUUCGACGCGCUCCACGACGAGGGCUUCUCCUUCGGCAUCUACUACCAGUACCCGCCGUCGACGCUCUUCUACCGGAACCUCCGGCAGCUCAAGUACGCGGGCAGCUUCCACGCCUUCGACCUCGACUUCCGGCGUCACUGCCGGGAGGGAAAGCUGCCCAGCUACGUCGUCGUGGAGCAGCGCUACUUCGACCUGGAGAUCCUCCCGGGGAACGACGACCACCCGUCCCAUGACGUGGCCGAAGGCCAGCGGUUCGUCAAGGAGGUGUACGAGGCGCUGCGGUCAGGGCUGCAGUGGGAGGAGACGCUCCUCGUCGUCACCUACGACGAGCACGGCGGGUUCUACGACCACGUGCCCACGCCCGCCGGCGCCGGCGUCGUGCCCAGCCCCGACGGCAUCGUCAGCGCCGCGCCUUUCUUCUUCGGCUUCGACAGCCUCGGCGUCCGCGUCCCGGCGCUGCUCGUGUCGCCGUGGAUCGAGCCCGGGACCGUGCUGCAUAGGCUGUCGGGGCCAUACCCGACGUCGGAGUUCGAGCACUCCUCCAUCCCGGCCACCGUCAAGAAGCUCUUCAACCUCAGGAGCUUCCUCACCAAGCGCGACGCCUGGGCCGGCACCUUCGACUGCUUCCUCACGCGCGACACGCCGCGCACCGACUGCCCACUUACCCUGCCUGAGCCAGUGAAGCUGCGGCGGACGGCGGCCGCGGAGCAAGCCCCGUUGUCGGAGUUCCAGGAGGAGCUGGUGCAGCUCGCCGCGGUGCUCAACGGCGACCACACCAAGGACUUGUACCCGCACAAGCUCGUGGAGGGGAUGACGGUGGCGGAGGCGGCCAGGUACUGCGUCGACGCCUUCAAGGCCUUCCACGACGAGUGUGAAAAAUGCAUGAAGCGCGGCGAGGACGGCUCCCACAUCCCCACGGUGAAGCCGUCGUUGUCGGGGAAGGACAAGGACAAGAGCAAGAGCAGCUUCGUUUCCAAGGCGCUGGCUUGCCUCCCCUGUGCCCGUCCCUCGUGA